CUAACUAACGGUUGUUUAGCGGAAAGUUGUUUUAAAUAAAAAUUGAAUUUUUUUUUAAAUACGUAUUUCAAAAAAUGGAAACCCCUUCGGUAGUUCAUCGUUAUCGCAAUAGUUUUUCUAUAGAAAAUAUUCUAUCAAAACCCAGAGCGGUUAGUGAAGAAAUUAAUCAUACAAAAAAUAACUAUGAUUUACAGUUAACAGUGAAUGAAAGUGAUCACUGUAGUGAUCAUUUAAAUAAUGAUCGUGAUAAAAUACAUGGUGUUAUUGGUGGUGGUGGUGUUGAUAUGAGAGCUUCAAGCCCUGAAUCGAGUUUUAAUGAGGAUACUUUAGAUGAUGCUAAAAGUGAUAUUACCUCGGAAGAUGAUCAUGGUUCCAAUGAUGAUCGUAAAAAGCGACCACGUACUGCAUUUUCAGCCUCGCAAAUUAAGGCUUUGGAAACGGAAUUUGAAAGAGGAAAAUAUCUAUCGGUGGCUAAAAGAACUGCAUUGGCUAAACAAUUGCAUUUAACUGAAACUCAGAUCAAAAUAUGGUUCCAAAAUCGUCGCACUAAAUGGAAGCGCAAAUAUACAGCCGAUGUUGAGACCUUAGCUUCACACUACUAUGCCCAAGGAGGUUUAGCUCGUCCCAUGGUGGUCGGAGAUCGUCUAUGGUUAUUUAGUCAAACACCAGCCGGUCCAGCUCCGCUACAAUCCAUAAUGCUAAAUAGUCCACCACCAGCAAAUACACCUGCAUCCGCCAUAGCCCCUUUAGCUGCCACCCAGCUAAGAGCCUAUCCCGGUUCGGCCAUUAUUCAACCAUCGCUAGCCAAUGCCAGUGUUAUAGAAAGUGCUCGCAAUGCCAUACUCUCUCGGGGGCAACCUUUAAAUUAUGCUCUACCUUCAUAUCUAACACCACGCUCUCCUGCCUCAUCGUCUACAUCAAAUCUUUCAUCAUCUCCUAGAUAUUUAGAUUAUACAGCUGCUUCGAGUCUUUAUCAAAGUUCACCAGCUCCCUCUGAUUCGUAUUUACAAAUGAAAUAUAAUGUUUUAAAUAAUCUAACAAUGCCCGAACCAGAAUCACCGCCCACUUCAAAUGGUCUGGCCGAAUUGGAACGUGUUUUCGGUGAUACGAAUGCUAACUUCUUGGAGCAUAAGUCAUUGAAUGGUGAAAAGUGUGGAAGUAAAACCGAUUUUGGUUUUAAUGGUUUGGCGGUAACGCAGCGUUCGGUUAAAACGGGCCAAGAAACAGAUUCAGAGUGCAGUGAUAUUGAUUGUGAACAGAUCGAUGACGAAUAACGGAAAAAACUAUUAGAUAUUAUGUUUUAGGUUAAAAUUGGUUUUCUUAUAUCCUACACUUAAUCGUAAUGCGUUUACAAUGUCAUGUUAAGGUGGCUCCAUUGUCCUUUUUAUGUUCGGACUAAAACAUAGAGUUGAAAUUUCAUAAAACUAAAUAAAAUCACGAAAAAUGCAAUAAAGUCAACAGAUUGUUUAAGAAUAACUAGACGAAAACUCGAAUCGAAUAGAGUUCUUGCUCCAACUACUUUGAAAAUAAAUAUUCAGUGUAGGGUAUCUUAAGGUUGGCCAUAUCCGACUAAAGUUUCUUCUUAUUAUUGCCAAAUAAUGCAACCAAAGUAAACUAUUUAUUUUAGUAAUAUAUUAACUUUAAAUACUAUUUACUAAUAGAUUUUAAUAUUUAAAAUAACUAAAUAAAUGUUCCUAGAAAUAUUUGAAUAAAAAAACGUAAAUUUAAUUAAAUAUUGAGAUAUUUCUUUGCGUUCUCUUUCUGUCUAAACAUUUCGAUCUUGUCAUGUAAUAUCGAAAGCUUAUCGAUCACGUAUGUAAGUAUACGAAAGCAGUGUUCUAUAGAAACGAUUUCGUAAGAUCAGUUUUCUAUAAAAAAAAACUUUUCAUAACAUCAGUUU